UGGCAUGUGGUAAACUUGAACAAAUUCAAAACCAGUUGAAUUUAAAAAAAAAAAAGUUGAUUCAGGAUAUUCAAACGCGUUGGAAUUCUACGUACUAUAUGCUUGAGCGUUUAUUGGAACAAAAAGAAGCGAUCACAUUAUAUAUUACCAACAAUGAUGGUCUCACCAACCUUACUUACUCUGAAUGGGAAUUGGUGAAAAACAUCCUCAAUAUUUUAAGGCCAUUUGAAGAAAUCACAAAAACUGCAAGUAAAGAGCAAUGUUGCAUUUCUGAAGUGAUUCCAUUAGUCGUAACAUUAAAAGAAUAUUUAUCUAAAGAGGGGCCAAUCUUUGCUGGUGUAGGCACAAUGAAGAAUGAACUUUUAACAAGUUUAGAAAGAAGACUUGGUGAAACAAUAUUUCAACGAGAAAAUCUGUAUGUUGCCACAUUCUUAGACCCAAGAUUUAAAAUGAAUUUUUUCCCUAAAGAUACCAAAGGACAAAUAUUAACCUGUAUUAAAAAUUUAAUUAAAAGGAAGUAUAAUACUGUAGCUGAAGUGGAUCUCGAAUCUUCGGAAGAUGAUAAUAUUCCUUUAAGCGAUUUAAAUAAGGAAAAUACAUUCUGGGGAACCUUUGACAGUAUUGCCUCUACUUCGACCGAAACCACUAAAACAAAAAACAUGCAAGCAUGGGAAAAUGAAGUAAUAACAUAUUUGGAAUGUUCAACACAACCGAAAGAUAAAUCUCCUUUCGAGUGGUGGGAGGCAGAAAAGAAAAAAUUUCCUUGUUUGUUCACCGCAGCUUCGGUGUACCUGUCAGCACCUGCUGCCAGUGUGUCUAGUGAGCAACUAUUCAGUGAAUUAGGCAAUAUUUAUGAACCAAAAAGAAAUAGACUUAAUGAAGAUAGGGCGGAAAUGUUGGUGUUUUUACAUCACAAUAUCAAGAAAUUAAAUUUCAGUUAUUAGGAAUAUGAAUAUAUUAAUGUACUGUAUUUUGUACCUGCCAUAUAAAGUUCCUACCUAUGUUUGUUAGUAUAGUUGUUUAAUGUUGAUUCGUUUUCCUUUUUUAAUAAAAAAUAUUUCCCUUAGAAUGAAAAAUCUUAUUUUGUUUGAUAAAGUAUUCCAUUUUUGCACUGAGGAGACAAAAAAAAUUUGCCGAUAUUUUUGCCGAUAUUCUUUGCCGAUACGAUACGAUACGAUAUAUCGGCAACAACUGCCGAUAUGCCGAUAUACCGAUAUCAAUAUCGGUAUCGUUCUAUCCCUAG